AUGCCUUCUGAUGAAGCAAUAUUAGGCAUGGUUUUUGAUACCUUGGAAGGAGCUGAAUUGUUUUACAAUGCUUAUGCAAAACAAAUUGGUUUUAGCAUUCGCAAACGAGAUUCGCGACAGUCACGUAGUGGACAAAUGCUAAUGCAGAAAUGGGUGUGCUCAAAGGAGGGUUAUCGUCAAAAAAAAUGGAUAAACUAUGCUGCUCGUAUACGCAAGCCUCGACGAUUGACUAGGGGAGGUUGUGAAGCGAUGAUUCGUGUAAAUCUGGAUCGCGACACUGAAAAAUGGGUUGUCAAGUCACUUGUAUCGGCUCACAAUCAUAAGUUGGUGCCAUCCAAGUAUGUACAUCUUCUGCGUUCCCAUCGUGAAAUCAAAGAAGGUGAUGAAGCUUUGAUUGAGUCGUUGAGUACAGUUGGAGUAAGUACACGGCAUAUUACUGAGAUUUGCAAGGAACAACAUGGAGGCUAUCAGAAUAUGGGUUUCAUUCCGAAAGAUGUAGAGAAUAAAGUCCAAGCCAUUCGAAUGAACAAGAUUAAAGGUGGUGAUGCAAAUACUACCAUCGGAUACUUCGAGGGAAGGGUACAAGCAGAUUCAAGCUUUAGUUUCGACUAUACGUUGAAAGAGGGUAAUAAACUUGGUAACUUGUUUUGGGCAGAUUCGACUUCUAGAUCUGACUAUGCAUUGUUUGGAGAUGUUUUAGCAUUUGAUGCUUGCUACCGGAGGCAAAAAUAUAACAAUCCAUUAGUCAUGCUCAUAGGAGUAAACCAUCAUCAUCAGACGGUGAUGUUCGGAUGUGCAUUUUUGAAAGAUGAGAAGAGUGAGAGUUACAUAUGGUUGUUGGAUACAUUUGUGAAGUGCAUGGGAGGUAAAAAGCCAUUGUCGGUCAUCACUGAUGGAGAUAAAGCGAUGCGCCAAGCCAUAUCUCAAGUGCUUCCUAAAGCUGCUCAUCGUCUUUGUUCUUGGCACAUAGAUCGUAAUGCAGGGGAAUUGAGGCUGGGUUUGAUGUUUUUGCAAGGACUUAAUAAGUUCAUGAAGAGCAGAAUUUCAGUUGAGGAAUUUGAAGAAAGCUGGCAGCAUUUAGUUACAGAAACAAAGUUGGACCAGCAUCCCUGGGUGAAAGGUUUAUAUGCAGAUCGUCAUAUGUGGUGUGAAGCUUAUUUGAAAGGAAAGUUCUUUGGAGGCAUGGCAACUACAUCUCGUUGUGAGGGAAUGAAUAGCACCAUUAACAAGUAUGUGGACAAGAAGUUGACAUUAUUUGAAUUUGUGAAAAGAUAUGAAAGAAUGGUUGAUAAGUUACGAUUUAAUGAGUCGAAGGAUGAUUUCAGAGCCUUCAAUUCAAAGUCAGUGUGCUCUCAUGUCCUACGUGGCUAUGAGAAGCAAGCUGAAGAGUUGUAUACUCCAACUAUGUUUGAACUUUUCAAGGAGGAACUUAAUGGCGAGACUAGCUAUCUAUUAUCCGAGCCUAUGAGGAAGGAAGGAGAAUUUGAGAUUUUCAAGCUCCAUCAAUGGUCAAAGUCUUCCCGGGUAAGAAUUGUGGAGUAUGAUACCAAAGAAGACAAGGUUAUAUGCUCCUGUUCACUGUUUGAGUCAAUGGGUAUACCAUGUCGGCAUAUUCUGAAUGUUAUUAAAUUAAGAGGAAUGCAUGCGAUUCCUCAGUCAUGCUUCAAAUUGCGGUGGACAAAGAAGGCGAAAGGUCUAGGUUCAACGGAUGCAGGUCCAAGUUUGUUAGACAAUAAGCUUGUCGAAACUAUGCGGCGUGGGGCAUUAGUUGCAAAGUCUUACAAAAUUUUUCAAAUGGCUUCGCAAUCAGGAGUGUGCUUCGAUAAAGCAUCAACAGAGCUUACGCGAUUGUCGAGUGGCAUUGAAAAACUCAUGAAUGAAAGCAUGCCUCCCCCUGUGAAAAGAAAAUAUGGGGAUGUGAGAGAUCCAGACAUAGUGAAGACAAAAGGGACAGCCUGUGUUGCCCCGAAUUCGAAGAAGCCUAGAAAAUGCUCUAAAUGUCGCCAGCCUGAUCACAAUAAAACUAGAUGCCCGAGAGGUAUGUACAAGUUCUUUCUGAUCUUUGAUUGUCUAGGAGAGUGUAUAAUACUAAGUUUCCUCGUCUUAUUUUCUUGGCAGAGUAAUCCUGUUCAACAUUAG